CUGGGUUAUUCUGUAAAACAUAUCUCAUCUGUGGUCAGCUUAUUUGUUGUAUUAACUCAUUAUAGGCCGAGAAAAAUGAGUGUACCAAAAGUUGAAUGUGUUGAUGCUGUUGGUAUUCCAGAAGGCAAAAUUACAAUGGCACAAGAAGAUUCUUCAGGGACUGGAAGAAUACGGAAGUGCAAGAAGCCAGAAAUUCAGAUAUAUCGACCCGGAGCCCUUCGACAAAAGCGUUUUAGUGCAUCAAAUGAUCAGCCAGUCCAAGGAGUACAUGAGCCAAAUGUAACAAAGCCAGAGUUCUCUAAGAAAGAUGUUAAAGAUAAUGUACAGAGGCAAGACAGUGCAAAUAAAACUUCUUCAAAAGCCAGACAGAGAUCAUCACAGGAAAAGGAGAAGGAAGAGAGAGUUGGAGACAAGGCACUAAAAUGUAAGAAUGUAGAUAAAUCUUAUAGAAAGGGAAGAGAAUUGUAUAUUGAGGUUAAUGCUGACAGUAGCAAGGAAUAUCGAGGGGACAACCAGUCUUCAAAGGAAACGCACAUUCAUGAACACCAUAUGAGCGACAAAGAAAAAUCUGGGUUUUUAUCCCAUAAAGAGCAACAAAAAUUGGCAAAUGUAACUGAAGUGAGAAGGCUUAAUGAGCAACAAAUUUCAGAUAAAAAUAUUUCUGCUCUCAAGAAAGUGGGAAGUGAUAGCCAGAAAGAUGUAAAAUAUAUACAGAAUGUCAGAAAUGAUAGCCAGAAAAAUAUAAAAGAAAUGUUUGAGAAACCUACAAAAAAACAAGAAACAAAGUCUUCAGCAGAGAAAAAUGUGUCCAACUUUCCUGAUAUACUUUCUAAGAAAGAAAACAUUACUUUAUCUGACACUGCAAAAAUUGAGAAAAGUGAAAAAGAAUUAAAUUGGAAGUUGAGGGAAAAUAAUGCAAAAGUUGGACCAGAAAAGCAUUUGAGUAGAAAGAAUUACAAUGCCCCUGAAAAAACUUCCCACAAGAAAGAUGUAAGAAGGUCUUCAGAAGGGUCAUCAGACAUAAAAGCUAGUCCCUUUGACUAUGAUAAAUCAGUAGGAGACAAAGCUCAAGGAGAAGUAGCAGGCAGUCACUUGAAUAAGAAAUAUUAUUUUGACCAUAAUGAAAGAUCAAGAGACAAAAGUGCUGUCUGGAUGAGAGAAAAUGAGGAUGCAAAGGAAGGUGAAAAUAAUUCACAUAAAAGGACAGCUGAAAGAGGGAAUAAAACAGUUUAUGACAGACCACCCAGUAACAGGGAUGGAAUAAGUGAGCUUGAUAAUUCAAAAGUAAAAACAGACACAUGGUGUAAUAAGAAUGUGGAUAAUAGAAUGUCUUUUAAAUCAAGAGAAAAUGAAGGUAAAACUGGAGUAGCUAAGCAGCACAAUAAGGAGAGGACUCAAGCUGGAACAUAUAAGAAUGAUAGAAUUUAUGGUGGAAACUAUGACUGUCAGUAUUCAAAAAAGGAGACUCAUAAAGGAAAGAAAUCCAGUUAUUCUAAGAAUGAACAUAUUAAUAAAGAGUUUGAUAGUUCAGCUUUAAAAUCUCCAACUAAGUUGGACUCUGGGUACUGCCAGUCUGGUGAAAAAUAUCAGAAUAAAGAUGAAAGUAAAGUAAGUGAACUGGCUGCUAAAGUUGAUGAAUUGGCUAUUGGAAAAAUGCCAAGGAAAAUGGGAAGUGCAAGAAGAAAAGGGAGAGGAUGGCAUAACAGUUUAACUGAUGGAAAAGAUCUUCAAGGAGGUUUCACUAAAGGUACUCAGAUUGAGGAUAAAUAUUCAACAGUAAAUUUAGAACCUGAUAAAACACAAAUAGGAAGUAAAACAGAAUCCAUGUGUACCAUAUCUAAUGUUGCUACACCAGAAAUCAGUGAAAAGUCCCCCAAAGUAAAGAGCUAUUCAAAUGUUAGAGAGCACAGAAGGAAUAGAGGGAAUAAAUCACUUAAUCAGGGUAUCACUCACUGCAACCGGCGAGAAGAACUUAAAAUUGAAGCGAAUGUUAAUAAAAACAGCCAUGAAAGAACUGUUCACGUACGACAGAUUAGUGAAUCGGAUACAGAGGAAUUUGAAAAUCGAUUGCAGACUGCACAAGGAGUAUUCAGCAAAAAUCAAGAUGAAGUGCCCUCAUUUUCACAGAAACAGAGUUUUAGUCAGAAACUCAAAUCAGGAGGCUAUGGAAAGACUGCUGGGGUCAUUCAUGUACCAGAGGAAAAAUGCAAUCCUGGGGCAUUUGACAUGGAGCAGGAAGAAGCAGAUCCUAUGACUUUCAUUGAUGUGCCAGAUGAUGAUUGGAUAGAUGAGGUGGACAGAGACAUGACAUGGUGUAACCAGCAUGUAGGUGGGACUAGAUUACCCACUUGGGAAGAUGAAAAAUCAUCAUGGAAGAGCAGGAGGGACAAACCACAUUCUGAGAGCGAAGACCAACAGAGGAGGGUGGAGAGUCCAAGUCGGAGAGGGGGUCUCAUUCAGUUGUCAGCCACAGUGCCUGGUACUGAUUUUUCUGGCCCAGAACCUGCUGUUUCUCCUCAGAUGACUGCUUCAUUGCCACAGUUGCAGAAACAUUUAUACAAUCCAAAUAAUCCAAGUAAACCUGUGCUGGUUGUUCCCAGCUCUCGAGAUUUGCCAGCACCUCGAGAUCCCCACCGUGAGGGAAGCAGAGGUUUUGGGGACAAUUCCUCUGGGUCUCUACUCAUGGAGAGCAGUCAAGUCAGUGAGUAUGCAAUUGAAGGCCGUAGUCCGAAGAUUGAUCCUAGCCUCAUUUAUAAUAUUCAGAAGGGUGAAAUGGACAUAAAUUAUUAUGUCAGUAGCAAUCAGCUUCCAGUGGAAUUUCGCCGCAUAAUGGAUAUCCGCCAUCAUUUGCAGGGAUGCUACAAACAACUCCUGACUUCUGAUAUCCGUAUGUGUCAAGAAAAAAAUGUGGAAGGCAGCUUGUGGAAGACACUGUAUUACGUUAUCAUUGAAAAGUUGAGAGAAUACAUUAGUAGAGAUCCAACAUUGAAGGAUCGAAGCCUCUCUACACUCCUAAUGCUAGUGGAUGAAGGCCAGCGCUACCUCCAAGAUUUGCUGGAAGCUUUGCAGAGAGAAUAUGGCUUUACUCUAGAGGAUCACUUGGAGGAUGAAGGUACAUCCAACACUGAAAUUCGGGGUAGAGUGAGGAUGGCCUUGAUGUCAGCACAAAAGUUACUUCUCUCACUUGGAGAUCUUGCACGAUACAGAGAGCAGUACAGUUCUACUCCGAACUUCAGUCUCGCAAAGAAGUGGUAUCAUAUGGCUCUUCAAGUGCACCCGAGGAAUGGACGGCCCUUCAACCAGUUAGCAAUUAUUGCAGUAAAUCAGAAACGGCUCCUGGAUGUUGUGUAUUAUUAUAUUCGGUCACUGACUGCUUCUAACCCCUUCAUGUCAGCACGUGACUCCCUCGUUUCCAUGUUUGAUGAUAUAAGAAAAAAGUAUGUAUCAGCACAGAAUAAUGAACCCCAUCCUGAGGGUAUGCGAACACACAUGGGACGAGCUCACAGUGGCGAAGGACUGAGACAAGAAAUUUGGAUCCGACCAGACAGUGGUGCCACACAUCGUCGCACUCUGUCACACUCGACCGAUGGGGACGGCAAUGAUGAAGAAAAUGAACUCAAGAAACUUCCACUUGAACAGUUGAUGAAGAGAUUCCUUACCAGUUACCUUCACUGCCAUGGAAUGCUGUUUUCUCGAGUGGGUUUGGAUGGGUUCCGUGAGUGCUGUGUAAUGAUGUUACAGGAGUUCUCUGUGUUACUGCGUUCAUCACCUCCGCGACUUUCAACCAACCAUUUGCUACAGAUCAUGGCCAUUAACAUGUAUGCAGUUAGCAAUACUGAGCUCAAGGCUGGAUGCCCAGCUGAGAUGGAGCCCCGAUAACUAGCAGCCAACAAUACCCACAACCCAGCAAACCGCCCCGACGGGAUCACCAUCUAUCCUCGGAAGAAUGGCAAGCUCUUAGCAUGGGACUAUACCUGUGUGUCCACACUGGCGGACACCUAUAUCCAUCACAGUGUCGGGCGACAGGGAGGAGCUGCUGACCACAGGGAAGAAUACAAGAUCAGCAAGUACAGGGACAUAAGCCAACAAUAUCAAUUUGGCCUAGUGGGAUCAGAGACCUUGGGAUCAUGGGGAAAACAUGGAACUGGGUUCCAGAUUCAUCGACACCACCAGGGACCCAAGGGCAGCCACUUUCAUGUUCCAGCGGCUCAGCGUGGCCAUGCAGAGGGAAAUGCAUGCUGCAUGCUGGGCUCGCGUCCAGCUUCGGAGGAGCUGGAGGAGAUUCAUAACCUUUCAUAUAUUGUACCAAUGUAUUCAUGUUGUUUUUUCUAUCAAUGUAUUCUGUCUAUUAAUAACGUUGACAUGUAGUUUA